AUUAAAGCAGCCUUCAUUCUAAUCUUUCAUCAGAUUGUAUAGAUUGAUUCAUAGCAACUUUUGACAGCAUUGGAUUUACAAAGCUUUUUCAGCAGAUUUUCUGAAGGACCAAAAUAAAAUGAUCAACUCCAUUCAGGAAAGUUUGUCAGCAGCAAGUAUGGAAUUCGAAGUUAGAGAACCACGUCCCUCUGAGCAGAUCCAGAGGAGAGUCAUCCCCUGGAAAGUGCAAACAGACGUGCAGCUGAACAAGGCCGAGAACGCCUGGAAGCCUUCAGGGAUGAGAGGUGUUCACAGCCACGCAGUCGCAGAGCCAGAGGAGAACGAUCCAGAGCAGGUCAACACUCAGGAGGUGUUCAAACUGUCCCGCAGCAUUCUCAACAAACUGACCCCUGAAAGCUUUGAACAGCUGGUGAAACAGGUGACUGAACUUGACAUCGACACAGAGGAGAGGCUGAAAGGAGUCAUAGAGCUCACCUUCGAAAAGGCCAUCUCCGAGCCAAGCUUUUCAGUGGUCUAUGCCAGAAUGUGCCACAGGCUCAUGAGGGUAAGUAUCCAAACCCCAGAUGGACUGGAAGUGAAGUUUAGCAAGAUUCUGCUCAGACGUUGUCAAAAGGAGUUUGAGAAGGACAAAGAUGACAAUGAAAUCCUCAAGAAGAAACAGGAGGCUGCUUCAAGGGAGCAGGAGAAGAAGCAGCUCAUUGCAGAGUUCGAGGAGGCUAAGUACAAGGCCAGGAGGCACUCCCUGGGUUACAUGAAGUUCAUUGGUGACCUGUUCAAACUUAAAAUGCUCACAGAUGCCAUCAUGUUCGACUGCAUUGUCAAGCUGCUCAACAACAAUGACGAGGAGUCCCUGGAGCGCCUGUGCAGACUGGUGUCCACCAUCGGCAAAGACCUAGACCUUGGGAAGAGCAAGACUCGUUUGAACGGGUAUUUCAGUCGGAUGAGGCAGAUCGUAAAGGAGAGGAAGACCAGCAGCAGAAUCCGCAUCAUGUUGCAGGAUGUGCUUUAUCUUCGACUGAAAAAGUGGGUGCCCCGGCAAGUGGAGCAGGGCCCCACAACCAUUGUCCUGAUCCACAAAGAGGCUGAGCUGGAGGAGCACAGGAAGCAGAGGAGGGAUGAAGAUAAACACCGGAAGCACAGGGACAGUCACUGGAAGACUGGGCCUGUCUCCAAGAACCAACCCAUCGACAUCUCUCACUUUAACAAAAUCAGAAAGAGUCCUUUACUUGACUUCAACAAUACGUUGAUUGAUCCAAGUCGUAAAGGAACACGGACAGACUGGGUAAAGGGUGGCCAAGGUUUCCCCAGUGCCAAACCUGAAGAUUCUCAACUGAGCACGCAACAACAUGGCCGACGGGACAAUCGACGGGACAACCGAUGGGACAACCGACGGGAUGGUUGGCGGUUCGACCGACAGGGUGGUCGGCGGUUCAACCAGCAGUUCGACCGACGGGACGACCGACAGUAUGAUCAGCACGACGGCAGCUUCACUCAUGAGAAGGAGUGAAGCCAACCCUCCACCCCCACCAAACCCACCUUGACGGAGGAACAGCUUGACAAGAAGUCCACGGCCAUCAUCGAGGAGUACCUGAACAUCAAUGACAUGAAGGAGGCGCUGCAGAGUGUGCAGGAGUUGAACAGCACUCAGCUGCUCUUCGUGUUUGUGAGAAACGGGCUGAAGUCGAUGCUGGACCGCAACGCCACCACCAGGGAGCGCAUGGGCCUGCUGCUGCACCAGCUCAUAAAGAGAGGCAUCCUCCCAAUUGAGCAGUACUUUAAAGGACUCACGUCAUCUCAGGUGAUUAAGGACCUGGCGAUAGACAAACCCCAAAUCUGGCUGUACCUGUCAGAGCUAGUCACUCCCAUGCUCCUUGAGGGAGGGAUCCCCAUGGGAGGGCUUUUCACGGAGAUUUCAAAGCCUCUGAUCCCUCUGGUAAAAGCUGGAGUCCUGCUGGUUCACAUCCUCAAUGCACUGUGCAAAGCAAUGGUGAGAACUUAUGUGUAUCUCCUCAUCAGAGCCAGGAUGUGGAGGGAGGCCGGCCUCCAGUGGAGAGACUUCCUGCCCGAGGAGGAAGACGUCCACAAGUUUGUGACAGAAAAGAACGUGGAGUUCACUCUGGCUGAGGAGUCGGAGGAGAGUCAGGAGAAGGAGCUGAACAAGCAGCUGGAACUGAUCCAGGACAAGGCCGACAACCACACCAUCUCUGACUGGAUUAAGAACAACCUUGAUAAGCAGCAGACCUCCUCCGACACGUUCAUCAGAACUCUGACCACCGUAAUCUGCCAGUCAACAAUCAUCUGUGAAAACUACUACAGCGUGGACUGUGAUCAGAUCAGGCAGCGAGCCACACUGCUGCAGAAAUACCUGCAGGAUGAGGAGAAGCAGCUGCAGGCUCUCUGCGCCCUGGAGGCCCUGAUGGUGCAGAUGGAUCAACCUGCCCAGCUGCUGCGGAUGAUGUUCGACUGUCUUUACGACGAGGACGUGAUCGAACUCACGCCGUUCUACAAGUGGGAGUUAAAUGAAGACCCCACCGAGCAGCAGGGCAAAGACGUGACCCUCAAGUCUGUCACUGACUUCUUCACGUGGCUCCGUGAGGUGAGGUCCAAACAGCUGUAAGGCUGCCAGUCGCUGAAAGUGUUUGACAUCAAAUGCUCCUUUCCCUCUGUUCUGCCUCAGAGCAAAAACUGUACUGUGAACUGCGAGCUGUGGUUUUACUAUCCGUGAUAAACUGUGUAUUGUUAUAUGAUGUGUUUUCAUGAUG